AUGAAUUAGAUCAAGACAUUAAUUGUUAUUUUAUCUUUGACUUUAUUGUUUGUUAAUGCUUAAACUAAAAACUUUUUAGGUGCUUAAAGCCUAAACCAAUAAAAUUCUUAAGAAGGGAAAUAAUCAGGAGAAUUGCUCUAUGCAGAUAAGGAAAGUAGUUUAGAACGUCAAUUACAAAAUACAAGAGGUAAUGGAGGCCAGGUAUCACAAUAAGGAGCCUAAGGAGGCCAAGGACCAUAAGGUGGCCAAUAAGGACAAUAAGGAGGUCAAAGAGGUUAAUAAGGAGGCUAACAAUAAGGUGGCCAAUAAGGAGGCUAACAAUAAGGAGGCUAAUAAUAAGGUGGCCAAUAAGGAGGCUAAUAACAAGGAGGCUAACAAUAAGGAGGCUAAUAAUAAGGUGGCCAAUAAGGACAAUAAGGAGGUCAAAGAGGUUAAUAAGGUGGCUAAUAAGGAGGCCAAUAAGGAGGCUAGUAAUAAGGAGGCUAACAAUAAGGUGGCCAAUAAGGGCAGUAAGGAGGCUAGUAAUAAGGAGGCUAAUAAUAAGGUGGCCAAUAAGGACAAUAAGGAGGUCAAAGAGGUUAAUAAGGUGGCUAAUAAGGAGGCCAAUAAGGAGGCUAGUAAUAAGGAGGCCAAUAAUAAGGAGGUCAAUAAGGAGGCUAACAAUAAGGUGGCCAAUAAGGGCAGUAAGGAGGCUAGUAAUAAGGAGGCUAAUAAUAAGGUGACCAAUAAGGAGGUCAAAGAGGUUAAUAAGGAGGCUAACAAUAAGGAGGCCAAUAAUAAGGAGGCUAACAAUAAGGUGGCCAAUAAGGACAAUAAGGAGGCUAAUAAGGAUAAUAAGGAGGCCAAUAAGGACAAUAAGGAGGUCAAAGAGGUUAAUAAGGUGGCUAAUAAGGAGGCCAAUAAGGAGGCUAGUAAUUAGGAGGCUAACAAUAAGGAGGCCAAUAAUAAGGAGGUCAAUAAGGAGGCUAACAAUAAGGUGGCCAAUAAGGGCAGUAAGGAGGUUAGUAAUAAGGAGGCUAAUAAUAAGGUGGCCAAUAAGGAGGUCAAAGAGGUUAAUAAGGAGGCCAAUAAUAAGGAGGUCAAUAAGGAGGCUAACAAUAAGGUGGCCAAUAAGGACAAUAAGGAGGCUAGUAAUAAGGAGGCUAACAAUAAGGAGGCUAAUAAUAAGGUGACCAAUAAGGAGGCUAAUAAGGACAAUAAGGAGGUUAAUAAGGAGGCCAAUAAGGAGGCUAACAAUAAGGAGGUCAAUAAGGGCAAUAAGGAGGCUAACAAUAAGGAGGCUAACAAUAAGGAGGCUAGUAAUAAGGAGGCUAGUAAUAAGGAGGCUAACAAUAAGGUGGCUAGCAAUAAGGAGGCUAACAAUAAGGUGGCUAAUAAGGAGGCUAACAAUAAGGAGGCUAAUAAGGACAUUAAGGAGGUAAUUGA